AUGACGAAAGGAAGCGCCACCUCGACGUCCGGGGUCGAGUUCGAGUUCGUAGUGGGCAACAACCCGGAGCAGCUCAAGGGGACGACCAGCCGCCACGUCCGCUCGCAUGCCGCCCGCCUGGGAUGGAAGGCUCACCACCAGACCUCGUCGUCCUCGGGCGGCAAGCGGCAGGAGCAGAAGCAGCGGAAGCGCCGGCAGACGACCAGGUCUUACAAAGUCACGUUUGAGUGCGUUGAAGUCGAAGAAGUCGAGGAAUCAGUGGACGGGCGGGGCGCAUAUGGACAGCAGCCGCGGCAGCAACCGUGGGAGGAAGCCAAUCCCUUCGCAGGAGCUCCACCGCCACCGACCUUCGACUGGCUCCUUGGGGGCCUCCGUGUCGACCCCUUCCGGUCGUACCCCUGCCGCUGGCGCCCGUUCAUUCCCGCCGUCGUCGACCACUACAUCGUUCACAUGGCCCAGGACAUACCGGAGUUAGACCAGCCCGGAAACCGAGGCCUCUUGCGGACAAAGUGGUUCCCCCUGGUCAUGUCCGAGGCCGCCACCUUCCAGGUGGUGCUGCUCCUCGCCGCGUCCAACAUGGUCUCGGUCAAGGGCGUCGCCGGCGCCGGGUGCCAGAUCCUGCAGCUCAAAGCCGACGCUAUCAACACCAUCACUAAGUCGUUUGUCGGCGAUAGCGACGGCGGCGGCAGCAGCAACGACAGCAACAACAACAACAAGAAGAAGGAGGAGAGCCAGGUCUCGGACGCCAUGGUCGGCGCGGUGGCGAAGAUGGCCAGCUUCGAGGCCAUGCACGGCAACCUCGAGUCGUACCACGUCCACAUGCAGGGCCUGCACCGCAUGGUCUCUGUCCGGGGCGGCCUGAUGGCCCUGGGCCUCGAGGGCCUGCUGCGCCGCAUCAUCGUCUGGAUCGACUUGAACUCGUCCUUCUUGCUCAACAUACCGAGGUACUUCCCGGGGGAGAUGUUCUCACUGGAGGAGAGUGAGGACUCUGAUGUCGAGCCCGAGCCCAACCCUGCUCGGUUCACGGCUGCUUGA